AUCAAUCUUCUUCGCCUUUUCCCAGCUCGUGCAGCUGGAAGCUUUAAUCAAUUGUCGGUGGCAUCACAAUUGAAAGUGGGUGUUGAACAAGAGCUAGUAAAAAUGGCAGCUCCGGCGGUGACACUGACUCUCGGCUCCUUGGGUGUGCCCACCCAAGCCCACAAAGCUUUCACCCUCCAACCCACUUCCAGAUUCCUCCGUCCAUCAUUCCCUUCGCGGUUCAUUGGUCCUAAUGCAUCACCACUACCCCUAUCUAAGCCAUACACCACUCCCACCAGAGGUGCCUCCUUUAAGACUGCCGUCGCCUCCAUUGAAUCCGACCAGCUUAGUUCUUCUGAUCCUGCCAACAUGCAGCAAGAGCAAGGCAGUGGCAAGUACUAUUUUGUGGUGGCUAACGCAAAAUUUAUGCUGGACGAAGAGGAGCAUUUCAAGGAGCUUUUGUUCGAGCGCCUCCGCUAUUAUGGAGAGCGUAGCAAAGAGCAGGACUUCUGGCUUGUCAUUGAACCCAAGUUCUUGGAUAAAUUUCCCAACAUUACCAAGAGACUACGUAGGCCUGCUGUUGCUCUGGUUUCAACCAAUGGUCCAUGGAUCACGUUCAUGAAGUUAAGAUUGGAUCGAGUUUUAUCAGAAAGCUAUGAGGCUGUCAGUCUAGAAGAAGCAUUGGCAUCUAAUCCAACCAAUAUAGAGUUUGAGAAGCCAGAAAACUGGGUGGCACCUUAUCCAAAGUAUGAAUUUGGGUGGUGGGAGCCCUUCUUGCCCCCAGGAUCUGUAAAGCCGAAAGUAUGAAAUGUUUGUCCUUGUUUCCUAUCACAGAAAAAAAAAAUCAUGUUAGUCUUCAUCUUUUGAUUUUCCAUCCCUUUUUCUAACCAACAAUAAUUUUUGGCAUGUAUUAGUAAAAUGUGGUUUAAGUUGGUGAGGCUUGCACACAACUUUGUAAAAUAGAAAAUAUGGAUUAUGUUUAAUUUCUAAUCUUCAUUGUUAUUGGGU